AUGAGGCUGAGAAGGACACGAGACUUCCAUACAGCUGUACUCCCGCGGCCCUCGCUCCACGCCACGGCGCCACGGGCGUCAUGGUACGGGCAGGGAGGCGUCGGGAAGGAUCCUGGUUCAGAAAGGGAGCCUGAGCCCAGCAAACGCCCUGUUCCCUCUGGGGACAGCGAUGCCUUUGGGAAACGAUGCUCCGAACCUGCAGCCCUCAGCGUCCCAACUGCUCCAACGACCCGUGCGGGGCCCGGGAAGGCGGCGGAGGCGCGAGAUCCCAGGAUAACCCACCGGGCCUGGCCGGGUAUCCCCCCGGCCCCCCCGCGCUCCCCUCCCCUGACCCGCGCCCGGAAUCUGCCCCGCCACCACGGAGACACGGCCCGCCAAUCAGCGCACACGGCUCCCAUCGCCACGGCAACGCACCGCCCAAUCCACAGCCGGCUCUCCCGCCUGGCCCCGCCCCCUGCCCCGCUCCCCCGCGGGGCGGUGCCGGGCUCGUCAAGGCGGUGGGCGGGGCCGUAUGUCUCUGCUGCUUGUAAUUUCCCCAAGCAACAGAAGCAGCAGAACAAAGUCGGACCCCAGCUGAAUGCACAACUAGAAGGGUGGCUUUCUCAAGUACAGUCCACAAAAAGACCUGCAAGAGCCAUUAUUGCACCCCACGCAGGAUACACCUACUGUGGAUCUUGUGCAGCCCAUGCUUACAAACAAGUGGAUCCUAAUAUCACCCGAAAAAUUUUCAUUCUUGGGCCUUCCCAUCACGUGCCCCUCUCCCGAUGUGCACUUUCCAGUGUGGACAUUUACAGGACACCUCUGUAUGAUCUCCGAAUUGACCAAAAGAUUUAUGGAGAAUUGUGGAAGACUGGAAUGUUUGAGCGUAUGUCCCUACAGACAGAUGAAGAUGAACACAGUAUUGAAAUGCAUUUGCCUUAUACUGCUAAAGCCAUGGAAAGCCAUAAGGAUGAGUUUACUAUUAUUCCUGUGUUGGUCGGAGCACUGAGUGAGUCAAAAGAGCAGGAAUUUGGAAAACUCUUCAGUAAAUACCUAGCUGAUCCUAGUAACCUCUUUGUGGUUUCUUCUGACUUUUGUCAUUGGGGUCAGAGGUUCCGUUACAGUUACUAUGAUGAAUCCCAAGGAGAAAUUUAUAGAUCCAUUGAGCACCUAGAUAAAAUGGGUAUGAGCAUUAUAGAGCAGCUAGAUCCUGUAUCUUUUAGCAAUUACUUGAAGAAAUACCAUAAUACAAUAUGUGGAAGACAUCCUAUUGGAGUGUUAUUAAAUGCUAUCAAUGAGCUCCAGAAGAAUGGAAUGAAUAUGAGCUUUUCGUUUUUGAAUUAUGCUCAGUCAAGCCAGUGUCGAAACUGGCAAGACAGCUCAGUGAGUUAUGCAGCUGGAGCACUUAUGGUCCACUGAACCACUGAAUGCUCAGGGAUGGCACCUGCACACACUCUGUAUACGGGGUCCCAGCCUAGCCCUUACAAAGAUACAGUCCCUGGUCUUUGGGUAUACUGAAACCUCAAACUAAUAGAACUCUGUUCUUUUCUAGUAGGUGUAGUCCUUCCUUAGUUUCAACUCAUUUAAAAAUGCUUUCUUGUUUAGGACAAUGGAAGGAAGGCUGGUAUAAGAACUUUUUGUGCUUUUUUUUUUGCCUUUUUUUUUCUUUUUUGUUUUUUGGGGAAGAGAUAAUGGCUAUGAAGACAUGGUGGUAGACUGUCCUUACAAAUACAACAUAUAAAGCAUUUACCAUAUCCUAAAUUUGCACUCUUUGCAGACCUGUGCACAUAUACUCUGCUUUCAGAAUAGUUUUGCAAGUUGUAAACAGAAAAAGGGGGUGGAAGCUUUUUAAUAAAAGAAAAAAAAAAGGAAAACAACGCAUUUAUAAAUUAUCCUGUAUUAGAAUAUAAUAAAACUCCAGUAUAGUCAGUUACUACCCGUGAUGUACAACAGAUAUCUUCUAUUUUAGUUGCUAAUAAAGGGCUACACAAACCAAAA